GUGGGGACAUACCAGCUUCGGACCCCUCUCUCACCGCCCAAAUAUCCGCGAAAAAAAAAAUUCGUACCUCCCUUCAGAUUCGGGUGUAUUUGUCCGCAAAAAAAACCAUCGGAGCUUGGGCCUAUGGCCCAAAUUUUAAUAGUAUUAGAAAUGAUGGUCUGCGAGAUAGGCGGCCCGUCGUGGUAAUCAAACGGCAUCAGGGCUCGACCAGUCCUGGUAUUGUACUGAUUUUGUUGUGGGGUAAAUACAAGCUGGGCCAGUGUGGAAACUAUGGUUGGUGGCAAGCAAGAGAAAACCCUGGAUCACCACUUGACGCUCACCACGGCAUUCACGUUAUCAUGAGCAACCCCUCCACACCUCAAACAGACGCUGAUAGG